CACAAGGAGAGAGAGGUCAUCAUUGGUUACUUUCACAAGGGUUGUCUCAGUGCUGUGGGUGGAGCAGAUGUUGGACUGGAAAGGCUAAGAGUGGAAAGAAAAGUGGGUGCAAAUUUGAGUCAUAACAGUGGAUUUGGAUACGAAGGGAAGCAGGAGAUGGACCAGUAAUUGGAGAGUUUGGAGGGAGUGACGGUAGGAUUUUUGAUGAAGGGAAUGAUGAUUUUUACUGAGGCAAGGAGGACAAUGUUGGAAGAGAGUGAGAGGUAGGUUCAGGACCAAAUUAAUGCAUUAUCCGGGUAAGCCAUAGCUUAGGGCCCCAAGAUCUGAGACCCCAAGUGAUGAGAGAAGAGGCAAAGCGGGGGGUUGUGACUCAAACCUCUGACCCUGCCUCCCUUCCCUUCACUCUUCAGUAAAGGAGUUGACAAUAUCCAGGACCUCGUCUCCGUGCCUUGUCCAACCUCAUGAGAAGCAAUGCAGUGAAUGACCGAAAGAGAAAUGCAACCAGGAGAGUCCCAACCCUCCACGUCUGUUGUUAGUAACAGAAGGGAACAUCAGUUCUGAGAAAUACUGCUGCAAAUACUUGGUCGGUAACACUAAAUAUUUUGGGUGUAAGAAAGUAAAUUUGCUGAGCUGACAGUGGGCACUGGGGCACUGAGCUCAACAUGGUUGAAGAAGGCACAAAAGCAUCUCAUCCCAUCUCUGUAUCCUGGCGUAAUUUCAUUUUAAUCACAGGGCUGGGAGUAUUGCUGAUUUUGGUUAUGAAUAUUUAUCUCAUGGAGUCAAAUUAUUUUUCAAUCUCUGGAUCAGCACCAAAGAGAUUCUCAGAUCCGCAAUUGUUUCGAUCAAAGAAUGAAAGGACGGGGGUGAGUAAAUUUCCAUGGUUGGCCAAACUGUUAAACUGUGGCUACCUCGUUGAAAGAUUUACACCUGCUGAAAGAGCUGAGGGAAUGUUCCUGUUGAAAAUGAUCGAAUGGACAAACUCACCUGGAGCUCGCACACCCUUUAUGAACAGCACUGACCCAAAACAUUCUCACUUUCUUAUUUUAAACUCUCAGAACACUUUCCACAUUGGGGAUCAGUUACAGGUGAUGGUCCACAUGUAUGAUUUUUCAGGACACCCAAAGCAAUACGGAGGUGACUAUCUCCAGGCCCGGAUCCACACCCCAGAGCUCAAAGCGGGUUCAGUGGGAACAGUUGUCGAUUACCAAAAUGGAUCGUACAAGAUCAAUUUUACUUUAUUUUGGUCGGGGAAAGUUGAAGUGUCUGUUAUCUUGGUUCAUCCCAGUGAAGCGAUUCAAGUACUCAAAUGGAUGCGGGAUGAACACAAAUAUAAGAUUGCCUAUCAAAGCAACUUCAGAUCCGGCAAUAUCAAAGAGACAACUAAGUGUUAUCUUUGUUUGCCUGAUGGUGUCCCUGUCUGUAACUUUACUGAUCUCAAGACUGGGGAACCCUGGUUCUGUUAUAAACCACAGAAGCUGCACUGCUCUGCUCGGAUCAGCCAUGCUAAAUUAAGCUAUAACACAUCUUUCUUCAUUGGUGGUGAAGAACGUUAUUUCACAAGCAAAGUCAACCUUGUGCAGUCCAUAUUACCCAAAGGUCCGGGCUAUAUAACUGUAGUGAAAUCAAUUCAUGCAGGUGCAAAUGUCGGAAACUGUGUCCGUGGCAAGUCUCUGACUUCACCGUCAGGUUUUUACUUUCAGAACCAGUGGAUGUCAACACAAUGCAAUAUUCGCCGCUUCGACACUUCUACAAAGGUUACAAACUGUCUACGUGGAAAACUGGUUCACCUUUAUGGAGACUCCACUAUGAGACAGUGGUUUGAUUAUUUAGAUAGAGUUCUCCCAGGUCUUAGAUUGUUUCAAUUUGGCAUUGUUCCAGCAAAUGGUCCUUCCAUUGGUGUGGAUGCGGCAAACAGGAUCAUGGUGAAAUAUCGUUGCCAUGGCCCACCAAUUGGAUACACUGAUGUUUCAAGCCGGCAACUGCAUUACAUUGCAAAUCAGCUGGAUAACACUAAAGGAGGAAGGAGCACAGUUAUAGCAAUCACUAUAUGGGCCCAUAUGACAUUUCUUCCAGUGGAAGCUUAUAUCCGAAGGCUGCAGAAUAUUCGGAGAUCAAUUGUAGAAUUACUGAGCAGGAGUCCAGACACACACAUUAUAUUCAAGACAGCCAAUGUCCGAGAUCUUAAUCCAGUUCGGUACAGCCUUUUUUACAGUGAUUGGUACAGUUUUCACCUAGAUAAAGUGUUAAGAAAAAUGUUUGAGGGCAUCAACGUGGCAUUUGUUGAUGCAUGGGAAAUUAGUGCAGCACAUUACGUGGCACACAAUGUACACCCUCCGCCAAUAAUUGUGAAAAAUGAAAUAGACAUGUUUCUUUCAUACCUGUGUCCUUUAUAACAAGUUGAACAUUGUAUUAGGGCUGGUGCAAGAAGUAUUUUCGUAAUCAGAUCAUGGGAAUGUAUAAGAUUAAGAAAAUACCUUGAGUUUCAUCCAGCAAAUCCCAAAGCAAAACAACAAAAUCGUAUACUUUAUCUCUCUCAAAUUCCUCAAUUGAUUAUUUUUUCAAAUAUAUUUCUUAUGUUUCAAAACACUGAUACAAAUUGACCCUUCCCACUCCAUUACCUCUGAAAUACCUGUAAUUUCCAGACCUUCCCAGUUACCACUAUCAUGUGGAGUCCUGUAGCUCAGUGGUUAGAGCACUCACUUUGCAAAC